CAAUUACCUCGCCCCCCUACCAGAUAAGAUGGAUGAGCACACACCUCUGUUGCAUCUCAGUCCUGAAAGCGCUAGCGAGGACACAAACGCUCAGCGUACUGGGGUAUCGAGCGUGUACCGUCGCAUUGGACCCCAGUUGGUGGGCUCGCUCAUUGUAGAUUCCAUCCCUGUUACUUUGUCGUACAUUUUACAGAAUUCCACACAGACAGUAUCAAUCCUUGUUACCGGACGCCUGGGACCUGAGGAACUGUCUGCCGCUGCAUUUUCCAUGAUGCUUGCCUUUGUGACUGGUUGGUGCGUCGCCCUCGGUGGUGGGUCAGCCUUGGAUACCCUUGGUAACCGCCCUACCGAUCUGUCCGUCCAUUUCCAGCGAUGUGUGAUCCUUUUGUGGCUGCUCUUUAUACCCGUCGCAAUUCUGUGGGCAUUCAUCGAGCCGGUACUAUUGGCUAUCGGGGAACCAGCACGUCUUUGCAAGGACGUGCAGGCCAUCAUGCGCAUCCUAAUCUUUGGAGCCCCUGGCUAUAUCGCCUUCGAGUCUCUCAAGAAAUACCUACAAUGUCAAGGCAUCAUGCGAGCCUCCACGAUCGUCUUGAUCCUGGUAUCUCCAAUUAACCUCGUGUUAAACAUCUUCUUCGUCCAUUACACUCCCCUCGGGAUGCUUGGAUGUCCUGUGGCGUUGUCUAUCACGUACUGGCUCUGCUUCAUCUUGCUGAUACUUGUCACGUUCCUAUCUCCGACCCACAAGGCGAAUGCAACCUGGGGAAGACUGCAACUUCAAGCAGUUAUGAACUUGAAAAGCUGCUUUGGCUUUCUCAAGCUUGCGUUGCCCGGUAUCCUCAUGGUUGGGACUGAGUGGGCUGCGUUCGAGAUAGUGGCCCUCGCAGCCGGCAAGUUGGGAGAGUUGUCGUUGGCCGCACAAUCGGUCAUUAUGACCACAGACCAGAUUAUUGCCACAAUACCAUUCAGCUUCGGCGUGGUCGCGUCCACCCGCGUCGGAAACCUACUUGGCGCACGCUCAGCGAUCGGCGCACGAAACGCGGCUCACGCGAGCGCACUAACCAGCGUUCUCGUAGGCUCUGCUAUAAUGACAGCCAUGCUGGCUGCGAGAAACGAUUUCGGCUACAUGUUCAGCGACGACGAAGACGUCGUGCGCCUGGUAAGUCAGGUUAUGCCCCUCCUGGCUUCGUUCCAGAUCGCCGAUGGCUUAGCCAAUGCAUGCGGAGGUACACUCCGUGGACAAGGCCGCCAACACCUGGGAGCGAUAUUCAACAUCAUCGCGUACUAUGUUCUUGCUUUACCGGUAGGAAUCACGCUGGCAUUUAGCACCCGUAUGCACCUAGGUUUGAAGGGUCUGUGGAUAGGAAAGUCCAUCUGUUUUGGGUCGGUGAGACGCCUGACUCAUAUGAUUCUAGGCCAGGUGAUUGGGUUGUUCACGGUUGGUGCCGCUGAAUACAUUGUUGUAUGGCUCGGCACCAACUGGGACAAAGAAGUGGAAAAAUCGGUCGUCCGGAACGCCGAGGAAGCGAAGAGGCGGACACUGUUGGAGCAGCAUGAGUAAAACACAGAUAGACUGACUGACUAACCGGAAAAAGUACUUUUCGCAAGUAGUAAGAGAUCCAUGAUUGUCGGCCGCAGGGAGGUUCACCAUGUAGAAAAAGCGUUCGGCAAUAAGACAGUUCUGUUUCCACGCGACAGCUCGGAUGAGUAAGAAAUGAUAA